AUGAUAGCCAAUUUUAGGCUGGGAAGAAGGUUUGUUGUUUCUGGCGCACAUUUUUUAGCCGCACUUUGUUUCCUAGUUCCAGUAUUCAUAGAAGUCCCUUUCUCAGCUGAUUCAUGGCUGUCACUGAGUUGCUGGGUGAUGGGUAAAUUUGCGAUCAGUUGCUCUUUCAUGUCCUUAUUCGUAUACGCCAGCGAGGUGUUUCCAACGCCGAUUCGGAAUGUCUCCGUUGGUCUCUGCUCUGUGCUAUCAAGAGGUGGAGCAAUUGCAGCGCCUUACAUAAGACUACUAGGUUCUAUAUGGGUUUUUUGGCCAAUGUUUCUUCUUGCUGUUCUAUCCAUAUUGGCCAGCAUCUCUACUUGUUUCCUACCGGAAACUAAUCGAAAACCAUUGCCAGCGACUAUA